AUGUCCUCACUGCAUCACUUGCAUAAUCAUCACCAUCAUCAUCACGCACACCAUGAGAAUCAUCACCAUCAUCGGCAUGGUGAGAAACAUUGCCAAUCGACGAUAUUAACUCCAAUCUCGGAUCAUGCUUGUUUUGUUACGAUUGAAUUGAAGGAUGAGCUGAAGAGUUCAUCAAAUGGGAAGGCUAUGAAAAUUUAUUUUAAAUUAGUGGAAGCUUGUUUGCAGAUUAUGGAGAGGUGGAAUAAAGAAAAAUGCACACAGUUUGCUGUUGGAUUUGGAUAUGAGUUGACCAAUUCAAUUUUAGGAAAUAUACAAGAUAAUUCACUGGAUUAUGUAAGAGAAUAUAUGCAGGCAGAAAUAUUUCCACAAUAUCCUAAAGAUUUGAAGGGUAAAUUUGGUGGUUUUCCAAAUACUGGUGGAGAUUUAUUUCUUCACAUUAAAUCUGUAAAUAUGGACAAUUGUUUUAGAGCUACUCAGGAUUUUGCAAAUCAUGAAUUUAUUUCUCCAUUGAUAAAGAAAAUUCAGGAUGAAACCUAUGCAUUCCUCCAUAGAAGAAAUAAGAAAUCUGGUCUUGGAAGAGAUUUGAGUGGAUUCGAGGAUGGAACUGAAAAUCCAAAAGAAAUGGAAGAGAAAAUUGAGGCAACCCUCACCAAUGAAAAGGAUAGUUUCCUCUUGGCUCAGAAAUGGGUUCACAAUCUCAAAUUUUUCAAUUCACUUUCAUUGAAAGAACAAGAGAAUGAUAUUGGAAGAACGAAAGAGGAUAGCAUCGAGUUGGAAAAUAAGCCAGAAACUUCCCAUGUGGCUCGUGUCACUUUAGAAAAGGACGGAGAUGAAAUUGAGGUUGUGAGGCAAUCAAUGAGCUUUGGAAAUUCAUCACAACAUGGAUUAUUCUUCAUUUCGUAUGCAAACUCUGGAAAAACCUUCAUUCAUCAAUUGGAGAGCAUGGUUGGAAAGGGCGAAUAUGCCACUCCACAAGGUCACAAUGAUCAUAUUAUGAGAUUUUCCACUAAUAUUUUAGGCUCGCUGUAUUUUAUUCCUUCUAUUGGAACGUUAUUGAAAAUGCGAGAGAAAUUGACAAGCUAUAGACCUUCAAGGUUGUAA